UCGAAGUGACCUUACAGAAAAAUUAAAAUCCGUAAAACACAAACUAUACCAAGAAUCAAGAUGCAGUGCUGCGUGCCUUUCUGCGUAAAUACUUCAGACAAUGCGUCAACAUCUGCGGGAACAGGAAUUACCUUUCAUGAGUUAUCCAGGUUACCCAGAGAAGAAAGUCUCCAUGCUGCUUGGCUCAGAACUCUCGGCACACAAGACCAUCACCUGCCUGACCCUGCUGUAGUCUGCUCACAGCAUUUUUUAGAUGAAGACUUUUCUGAAACAAAGAGUUGUGUAAGGCAGAUUCGCUCUAAUGCUAUACCUACAACAGUGCAGAUGUGCAUGAUAUGCCUGGACACUGACAGUAAGCUCUCUCUAAUGAGUGAACACAAGUUGGAGGAGACAUAUGAACAGCUAACUGGACUGUCUUUGUUUCAGUUGUGUCGUGGAAACCUGAAGCAAACACUCUGUGUGCUGUGUGCUCAGAGAUUGAUUAACUUCAGUAGAUUUAGAGACUUGUGCUUGAGAGCCCAUUCACUGAUGACAGACUUACUUGCACAAGAUGAAUCAGUGAGUAUUUAGUAAUUACAAUUUACUAGUUUGAUCCAAAUUGAUGAAUCAGUGAGUAUUUAGUAAUUACAAUUUACUUAAACCUGACAUUGGAGAAUAUGUUGUUAUCUCUAAGUGUAUUUGGCAGAUCCUGGGGUCCUGGGUUUGAGUCCUUGGUCAUGCUAUAAAAUAUUAAGCUUCUCAGUCAUGAAGUUGGUGGUGUUACACCCGUUGCAUCUGUGACCAUGUUAAGUCAGUUAUCAUUAUCAUCUAAUAGUGAUUGUACUAUAGAGUAGGCCUGAGCCCACCAAUCUGCAUUGGAGCAGUGUGGGGAAUCUAAGGUACAAAUGCCCAGUCAUCUAAGGAAGGAUGUAUCUAUCGCUCUGUAGUCUGAUAGGCUAAUGAUGAUAAUGAUGAUGAUGAUGAUGAUGAUGAUGAUGAUGAUGACAUUAUGUUGUUACCUUCCUUUAGUAAAGUAU